AUGAAGACUAUAGUGUUGUUCGCACUAUUUGUGUUCGCGGCCGCCGACAUCGAGUACUACACUUCUCUUAACGAUAAACUGGACAUUGAAGCUCUUGUCAGUAAUGUUACCACAUUGAAAAGCUAUAUGGACUGCUUCCUUGAUAGAAAACCGUGCUCAGACAUUCUUAUACAUUAUAAACGUAUAACGUCUGAAUGUAUGGAACAAGCCUGCAUGCGAUGCACUCCGAGUCAAAAGAACAGAUACUGGCGAUUCCUUGAAGGAGUCAGGCUUCUGCUUCCCGAAGAUUACGAAAACUAUAAAAAGCACUAUGACCCAGAUAACAAAUACUUCGAUGCCUUGUUAAGGGAAUUAUCUAAAUAUAAAGACGGUGUUUAU